CUUCACUGUGAACCACACGUACGCCAUCAUGCUUGGCACACGUGCGCGCGCCGCGUCCGGACUGCUAGCGGUUUACAGGCGUGCUUUCAGCUUAUCUCCAGGCACUAGUCUUCUGCACCAGCGUCUUGCGCGUCGAUGGAGCUCCUCAGCGCCGCUCACCGCUCAGAACUCGAGCCAGGAGGACGCCGCGCACGUCGCCGCCAUCCGCAACAUCGGUAUCCUAGCGCAUAUCGACGCCGGCAAGACCACGACGACUGAGCGCAUGCUUUUCUACUCCGGAGCCAUUCGGCGCAUGGGAGAAGUGCACGAUGGUGACGCCACUAUGGACUUUAUGCCGCAGGAGCGCGAGCGUGGCAUCACGAUCGGUGCCGCAGCCAUCAGCUUCCCAUGGCGCGAGCACCACAUCAAUCUGAUCGACACGCCGGGACACGUGGACUUUACCAUUGAGGUGGAACGAGCUGUGCGCGUUCUGGAUGGCGCUGUGGCCGUGCUGGACGGUGUUGCCGGCGUGGAGGCGCAGACCGAGACGGUCUGGGAGCAGGCAGACAGGUACAAAGUGCCGCGCAUCGCCUUCGUUAAUAAACUGGACCGCGAAGGCGCCAGCUUCGCCAGGUCCUGUGAGUCUAUUGAGACGAGAUUCGGCGUACAGACCCUGUGCGUGCAGCUUCCUGUCGGCGAGGAAGCGGAGUUCGAAGGAUUGUUGGACCUGGUGGACAUGCAACUGGUUAAAUGGACGGACAAGGAAGGCGAACAGGUUCAGCGACUGCCGCUGUUGUCCUCAGCAGGUGGCAAAAUGGCUGAGCUGUAUACAAAGGCGGUGGAAGGGCGUCAGACGCUGAUCGAGCGAGCUUCAAACUUCGACGAUGAGCUGGGCGAACUGUUCUUGAUGGAGGAGGAGAUCGAUAACAAGACGCUUAAGGCGGCGCUGCGACGGAUUACGGUACAGCGAGACAUGGCGUCGCAGGUCGUAGUUACGCUGUGUGGUAGUGCGCUGAAGAAUAAGGGCGUGCAGCCGCUGUUAGAUGCGGUAGUGGACUAUUUGCCGUCGCCUCUGGACUUGGCUCCGUUCGUAGCACACGCAGUGAUUGGCGGCAAGAAGACUCGUGGCCAAGGAGCAGAGAACAAGGUGGUGCAGUUGCAGCCAUCUUCCAGCGAGCCGCUGUGCGCGCUCGCCUUCAAGGUGCAGCACGACCGUCAGCGUGGUCUCGUGGUAUUUUUUCGUGUAUAUUCUGGCGUUUUGAAUGCUAAGUCACAGCUCAUCAACGCCUCUCGUGGCGGUACGAAGGAAAGACUGACGAGACUCAUGCACGUGGCUGCUGACGACCAGGAGGCCGUGGAAUUCAUCUCAGCCGGUCACAUCGGCGCUGCUGUCGGCCUGAAGCACACGUUCACGGGCGACACGCUUGUGAGUGCCAAGGACGUCGCCCACCCACUGGUUCUGCCUGGCGUGCAGAUCCCCAAGCCUGUUUUCACGUGCUCUAUUGAAGCCGAGUCGUCUGCGAAGCAGAAAGAUCUGGACGCGGCACUGGAGAACUUGCAACGAGAGGACCCGAGCUUUGUGGUGACUGUGGACGAGGAGACAGGUCAAACUCUCAUGUCUGGUAUGGGCGAACUGCACCUGGACAUCAUCAAAGAACGUCUUCGUAGUGACUACAAGCUCGAACCUUCUAUCGGUGCCAUGCGUGUAGCGUAUCUGGAGAGCAUCACGAACUCUGUUGAAUUGCCGUACACACACGACGUCAUGCUGGGCACUGAUCGUCACUUCGCCAAGCUUACACUCCACGUGGAUCCGCAGCUUGAGCAUCAAGACGAGAGUCUAGAAGAAGAGGAAGAAGAGGAUGGAAACAACAGCAACAUGGUGCAAUGGAAGAAUAAGGGCGCGAACAAGAUGCCUCAUGCCUUCGCUCUGGCGAUUGAGGAGGGCCUUCAGGCUGGUUUAAGUCGUGGAGUAUUGACUCCGAACCGUGUUGCGUACGUGAAGGUGACUGUGGACGAGGCGGACUGCGAAUGGGACUCGGACUCGAGUGCUGCUUCGUUCCGUGCAGCUGCUGCGUUGGCGCUUAAGGAGGCACUUAAGGAAGCCGAACCAGUUAUCUUGGAGCCGAUGAUGAAGCUCGAAGUGCGCUCUCCUGACCGCUGUGUCGGUGAUGUCCUUGCUGACUUGAGCUCACAGAGACGUGCACACAUCCAGGAGGUGGGUUCUGCUAUGGCUGGAGAAGGUGGCGGGUCUAUGGCCAACCAAGGGCGCUCGAUUGUGCACGCUAACGUGCCGUUAGCUCACAUGGUGGGGUAUGCUACGUUGCUACGCUCCAAGACGCAAGGAGAAGCCUCGUUCGCUAUGCAGUUCUUACGCUACGUUGAGGUUGACCCAGCUACUCGUGACCGCCUGACUGGUAACCUUCGGAAAGCGCCACCAACAUUCGAGUCAUCCACUGCGGAUGAAUAAGGUGAGACAUAAUAGAGUUUGUUUAUCAAGACCUGCUUAUCCCUCUUGGUAAAAAUUCCAGACGCAAAUGCACGAAUCUGCGCCUACAGACACGAGUUGGCGCUCGUCCGGACUCCACGCCAGCGCAUUCACAGUGUUCGAAUGACCGCGCGCCGACGCCAGCAGCGCAGAAGACCCAACGUCGAAGAGUUUGACCUCGCAGUCCUCUCCACACGUAGCGAUGAAUCGACCUGACGGAGAUACUUGCGCGCAAGUAACUUUUAGUCUGCUGGAGUCCACGAUGAACUGGACAGGAUCAGGCUCGUCGCAGUCCCAGAAGAGCAGUCGUCCAUCCGCUCCUGCUGUUACGAUCUCCGUCUCGCUGUCUACUCUCUGCGUGAUACCGUGGAAAGCUCCCUCUCGAACUUGUUGCGCCACGAUACGUCGAGCUCCUUUGAGGUCGUAAAUGAACAAAGCUUUGUCUACUCCGCAAGAGUGAACGCGGUGUGGUAACUUGACGUCGACGAGUACACCGGUGACUGCGCGUUUGUGUUCGUGAAAUUGAAGGACCAAUUCUCGAGUAGCAAAAGACCAAAUGCUCACGCCGCCGUCACUAGCUCCACUCACAAUAUAUUGAGCACUACAAGCCACAGCAGUCACUUCUCCUCGAUGAGCUGUUGCAAUGUGCCAUUUGGGCUGUGCCGUGGCCGCAUCAUACGCUCGUAACCAGCCAUCGACCCAACCCGAGACUAUUAGUCCUGAAUGUGUAGAGCUCUUCGUGAUGGCAAUGCACAGGCCUGCUACUGCCUCGGUAGUCAUGCACUUGAGAUGAUACGUGGAUAAAUUCCACAAGCGAAUACUCCCGUCGACAGAAAUGGUUGCGAACUCUUCACUCGAAUCACCAAAGGCACAACUUGUGACUGACCCUAAAUGACUGCUUGCUAACUCGGAAAUUACGAGAGUAUUGGCAACCACGUGAUACAUUUUACCAGCUGAGGUUCCAGCGAAGAGCUGAGCUCCUCCAGGACUAAUUGAGAUGCUGGUGAUGCCACCGACAAGCUGCACUUGACCCACGAGGUUCCAGUCGGAGUCACGACCCACAAGCUUCUUGAGAACGCCAUCGCCCGCGCCUACGUACACAUACCCGGUAUCUCCACAAGCUGCGACACUGUGCACGCCGUUCCUAACAAUUGGCACGGCGUUGCGGUAGACUAGAGACUCUGUGUUGAAAACGACCAGCUCCCCGGCUGUAGUUCCAGAUAGAACGUCCGUGCGUGUUUGAGUGAUUGCAGCGCAGAGAUACGUGCGAGCGAUCCCCACGUUUGGCAUUGAAUAAGUGGAGACUUCGAGACGAUAUUGCAUGGCUGCGAUGUCGUAGGCUAACUCGCCGUGCAAAAGUUGGCUGGAAUGUGCAAACGCGAGCGAAUAUUUAGGACGUCGGCACUUUUCGUCCAUUUUACCCCAGGUCAGAACAGUAACUGGAGUGGGGAAAGAUUUGGUAAGCACCAACUCGGACGUCUACAAGGCAACAAAUACAAAGUGAACAAUUCUAUCCAGCUAUUAAACAAUCUACGAAUGGCAGCGUACUCGCAUAUCCCAGAGGAUGACCCGGCAGUCUUCGGACGACGCAGCAAGGAAGUGGUCAUCAGGCGAGAAGGCCAUUUGCAGUACGGGGCGGA